AUGGCGAAGGGACCCUCCGCCUCGUCUCCCACCGCGACGCCCCCAACAGGCCCACUCAAGAAAGCGACAUCGAGCACCCAGAACAUGAAGGCCCAAAAGUCCAUCCUGGGGUUCUUCCAGAAAUCUUCUCCGGCGACACCCUCAACCGAUCGUCCGCGCGAACCCGCGUCUUCGCCUGCUCAGCGCGCUGCGGAGCAGCGUGGCGCUGGUAGUGCUGUCAAGCGCACGCCGAAGGACCAGAAGAGGAGUUUCUCGAGUUUUGCCCAGGAUUUGACGCCUGUGCCGAGUAGUGAUUUGCCGAUACCUGAGGAGGAAGAGGGGAAUGGCAUGACUGGUCAUGAUGGAGUACAGGAUUCCACAAUAUCUCCUUCGCGUCGGAACAAAAAACAAGUCAGCUACAAGGAGUCCGAUUCGGAGGGCGAAGAUAACGACGAGGUGAUCUUCCGCCCAAACAGAAACAACAGCGUUCGCGGCCGCGCUUCCAAGAGAAGAAAGACGUCUCCGGACAGUGAUGAUGAGUUUCAGGCAGGCGCAGAGGAGGAAGGAUAUUCUGACGACGAAAUGGAUGAUUUCAUUGUUGCCGAUGACUCUGAUGAAGACGCUGCCCCAGCAAAGAAGCGCAAGCGACCUUCGGCUCCUCUCUCGUCGGCGCGUAAGCCGUCUCACAAAUCGUCAUCUCUGCCACCGCCCCCAGUUGUUGAUGAAGAUCUUGAUCUUGAUCUUCCUGAAGGUCCCUCUGCCACUGCCACUAAAUGGGCAUUUGAUCCCGAAAACACCGAGCCUCGCAAAGAGAGAGUUGCUGCAACUCCGAAAACGCCUUCUAGUCAACGCAAGCAGAAGGCUCACAUUAAGGAGCCCGAAGACCGAUAUCCGUGGCUCGCCAAUAUCAAAGACAUCGACGGGAACCGCCCUGGGUCUGCCGAGUACGACCCUCGGACUAUCUAUAUCCCUCCACUUGCCUGGUCCAAGUUCUCGCCAUUCGAAAAGCAGUACUGGGAGAUCAAGCAGAAGUUUUGGGACACGGUGGUGUUCUUCAAGAAGGGCAAGUUCUAUGAGCUCUACGAGAACGACGCUACCAUUGGCCACCAGCUGUUCGACCUGAAGCUCACAGAUAGGGUCAACAUGCGCAUGGUCGGUGUGCCUGAGAUGAGCCUGGAUCACUGGGCCAACCAGUUUGUCGCCAAGGGUUUCAAGAUUGCCCGCGUGGACCAAUCCGAGUCUGCACUGGGCAAGGAAAUGCGCGAGCGAGACGGCAAGAAAGGAAAAGAGGAUAAAAUUAUCAAGCGGGAGCUAGCUUGCGUCCUGACCUCUGGCACGCUCGUUGAAGGGUCAAUGCUCCAAGAUGAUAUGUCGACAUACUGUGUUGCGAUCAAGGAAGCUAUCGUGGAUGACUGCCCUGCUUUUGGACUGGCCUUUGUCGAUACGGCAACUGGCCAGUUUUUCCUCUCUGAAUUUGUUGAUGAUGCGGACAUGACCAAGUUUGAGACCUUUGUCGCGCAGACUCGCCCUCAAGAAUUGCUGCUGGAGAAGUCUUGUGUUUCCCAUAAAAUGCUGCGCAUUCUGAAGAACAAUACCGGCCCGACGACCAUCUGGAACUACUUAAAGCCCGGGAAGGAGUUUUGGGAGGGGGAGAUCACGUUGAGGGAGCUCGAUGCCAGCGAGUACUUUGUAUCCCAGGACGAUGACAAUAUCAACGCUUGGCCGGAAACUCUUCGUCAAGCGCGGGAGAAGGAGUUGCUCAUGUCCGCCUUCGGCGCCCUGGUUCAGUAUCUACGGGUCCUCAAGAUUGAGCGUGAUCUGAUCACAAUUGGCAACUUCACAUGGUACGACCCUAUUAAGAAGGCUUCUAGCCUGGUGCUUGAUGGCCAGACCCUGAUCAACAUGGAAAUCUUUGCAAAUUCGUUUGAUGGGAGUGCCGAAGGCACUCUGUUCCAGCUGCUGAAUCGCUGCAUCACCCCGUUUGGAAAGCGCAUGUUCAAGCAGUGGGUGUGCCACCCGUUGAUGGAUGCAAAGAGGAUCAAUGCUCGGUUGGAUGCCGUUGAUGCAUUGAACGCCGACACAAGCGUCCGAGAUCAAUUUUCAUCGCAGCUGACCAAAAUGCCGGAUCUGGAGCGGCUCAUCUCGCGUAUCCAUGCCGGGCGCUGUAAAGCACAAGAUUUUGUGCGUGUACUCGAGGGCUUUGAACAAAUCGACUACACCAUGGGUCUCCUCAAGGACAGUGGUGCUGGUGAAGGCAUCAUUGGAGAAUUGACUUCCUCGAUGCCAGAUCUGGCUCCGCUUCUGGGAUAUUGGAAGACUGCAUUCGAUCGCUCCAAGGCAAAGGAGAGCGGAAUUCUAGUCCCGGAGCCUGGAGUUGAGGAGGAUUUCGAUAACUCUCAGGAGCGCAUUGAACAGCUGCACCGAGAUCUGGACAAUCUGCUUAAGAAAGCACGCCGUGACUUGGGCUCCAGUGCCAUCUGCUACCGUGAUAACGGCAAGGAGAUUUAUCAAUUAGAGGUGCCCAUCAAGGUGAAAAAUAUCCCCAAGGACUGGAACCAAAUGUCGGCGACUAAGCAAGUGAAACGAUACUACUUCCCCGAGCUCCGCACCCUCAUUCGGAAAUUGCAGGAAACCCAGGAGACUCACAGUCAGAUCGUCAAAGAGGUCGCUGGGCGCUUCCAUGCUCGCUUUGAUGAGAACUAUGGUACCUGGCUUGCUGCUGUCAGAAUUAUUUCGCAGCUUGACUGCCUGAUCAGUCUAGCUAAGGCCUCAGCGUCCUUGGGCCAGCCCAGCUGCCGGCCUGUCUUUGUGGAGGACGAGCGUAGCGUGCUGGAGUUCGAGGAGCUGCGUCAUCCAUGUUUUCUCUCGUCCGGAGGGGACGACUUCAUCCCUAACGAUGUGCAACUUGGAGGCACCCGACCCAACAUCGACUUGCUAACGGGAGCCAACGCUGCCGGAAAGUCUACCGUCCUUCGAAUGACCUGCGUUGCCGUGAUAAUGGCCCAGAUCGGCUGCUACCUCCCCUGCCAGUCUGCUCGCCUGACCCCAGUAGACCGAAUUAUGUCGCGCCUGGGUGCAAACGACAACAUCUUCGCCGCGCAAUCUACCUUUUUCGUCGAGCUCUCUGAGACAAAGAAGAUCCUCUCCGAAGCAACUCCCCGCUCACUCGUCAUCCUCGACGAGCUCGGACGCGGAACAAGCUCAUACGACGGCAUCGCCGUCGCCCAGGCCGUGCUGCAUCACAUUGCCACGCACAUCGGCGCCCUGGGCUUCUUCGCAACCCACUACCACUCCCUCGCGGCAGAGUUCGAGGGACAUCCCGAGAUCGCGCCAAAACGCAUGGCCAUCUACGUCGACGAGGCAGAACGCCGCGUUACAUUCCUCUACAAGCUGGAGAACGGUGUUGCAGAGGGCAGUUUCGGUAUGCACUGCGCGUCGAUGUGUGGUAUCCCCAACAAAGUCAUUGAAUGUGCGGAGACGGCUGCCAAGCAGUGGGAGCAUACCAGCCGUCUCAAGGAGAGUCUGGAGCGUCGCAAGGGUGGCGGAUAUGUUGGUUUGGGGUGGUGGAGUGAUGUUGCUUGGGCGUUGAGAGAGUCGGCUGCCGACGCUGAUCCUAAUGCUGGGCACGUCUCUGAUCGUGGACUCGAGGUUCUGUGCAGAGCUAUUGAGGCGCUUUGA